AUGCUCGCUACUUUAGCUGGGAUUUCGCCCUCAUGUCUCAAUAAAUCAGUGCUUAGUUCUAAGAGCAAUGGUAUUCCAGUCAGUGCACUGAUUGACACAGGUAGCUCUGAGAACUUUAUUCAUAAGAAUAUUGCCGAGCAGAGUGGGUUACUCGUCUAUCCUGACAAUGGGGCAGUUUCUAUAGCUACUGUAUCGUUCUCUUCAAAAUUCCUGGGUCAGUGUUCUGUAGACUUAGAAUUGCAAGGAGAAACUUACCAUGGUGUGAAUCUCAAAGUUUUACCCGAUUUGUGUGCUGAUGUGAUUUCAGGCCAUAACUUUUUACAAAAUCAUUUUGUGCUCGAAAUAGCUUUUGAAGGAUAUCGACCUCCUCUUAGAAUAUGUGGAUUAACUGCCGCCAAAGUUCCGGCUCCAUCUCUCUUCAGUAAUUUAGCACCAGACUGCAAGUCGAUUGCUGUAAAAUCCAGACGCUAUUCUGAGGCUGACAAGUUGUUUAUUGAAUCUGAGACCGCUCGGAUGCUACGUGAAGAGAUAAUUAGACCCAGUCGUUCUCCAUGGAGUGCCCAGGUAUUAGUAAUUAAAGGAGAACAUCACAAGAAAAGAAUGGCUGUAGACUAUUCGCAAACAAUCAACCGAUUCACGGGGUUGGAUGCCUACCCCUUACCACAUAUAGAUGAGAUUGUGAAUAAUGUUGCUAGAUUUAAAGUAUACAGCACGCCAGACUUGAGAAGUGCUUACCAACAAGUGGGUUUAACAGAGGAAGAAAAACCCUAUACAGCCUUUGAAGCUUGCGGGAAGCUUUUUGAAUUUAAUCGUAUCCCAUUUGGGGUCACUAAUGGAGUGGCCAGUUUUCAAAUAGUAAUUGAUGGCAUCCUCGAGAAAGAAGGAGUGAAGGGCACCUUUGCUUAUGUAGAUGAUGUCUGUGUGUGUGGAGAUUCUGAAGAAGAACAUGAUAAAAAUCUGAAACAUUUUAUGUACGUUGCAAGAAGGUAUAACCUGACCCUGAAUCUUGAGAAGUGUAGUUUUCGACUCCGGUCUAUAAAGCUGUUGGGAUAUCUUAUACAAGAAGGAGAAAAUCGGCCUGACCCAGAACGCCUCGAGCCACUGUUAAAACUUCCACUACCAAGCAACACAGGUUCUUUACGCAGAACAAUGGGAAUGCUUGCACAUUACUCCCGUUGGGUGCUGGGUUUUUCUGAGAAGAUCCGUCCUCUCUCUCAUGCCAAUGGUUUUCCCUUAUCUGCUGCUGCUGCGAAAGCUUUUGAAGGAUUGAAACAAGACAUUGCUGAGGCAGUGGUUCGUGCAAUCGACCCAACAGCUCCUUUCGCUGUGGAAACUGAUGCUUCAGAUCAUGCUAUUGCCGCUACCCUAACCCAGAAUGACCAACCAGUAGCUUUCUUCUCCCGAACACUUUCAAAUAGUGAACAAAGGCACUCAUCAGUGAAGAAGGAAGCUUAUGCCAUUGUGGAAGCCCUAAGGAAGUGGCGAUACUAUCUCAUUGGACGCCAUUUUCGGCUUGUGACUGACCAGCGCAGUGUUGCUUUUAUGUUCAACUCUAAAUCAGCUGAUAAGAUUAAAAAUGAUAAAAUUGCUAGAUGGCGAGUCGAACUCUCCUGUUACCACUAUGACACUGUAUAUCGCCCAAGUAAACAGAACAUACCCACUGAUGCAUUCUCACGUGUAUGUGGUGCCACCAAUGUGGAUGAACUAAAGGAAUUGCAUGACAAUCUGUGUCACCCUGAAGUGUCUCGUAUGGCUCAUUUUGACCGAUGUCGAAAUCUGCCUUAUUCUGUGGAAGAACUGAAGAAGAUGACUAAUUCUUGCUCUGCGUUCUCUGAACUUAAACCUCGGUUUUGCAAGUUUGACUGUGGACAUUUGAUUAAAGCUACUCAGCCAUUUGAAAGACUCAAAAUAGAUUUUAAAGGACCACUUACAUCACAUUCAAGGAAUAAAUAUAUUCUUACAGUUGUAGAUGAAUUCUCUAGAUUCCCUUUUGCAUUCCCUUGUUCAGAUAUGACUACUGGGACAGUAAUUCAGUGCCUGGUGCAGUUGUUUGCAAUCUUUGGUAUGCCUGCAUAUAUACACUCUGAUAGGGGAACUUCCUUUAUGUCUGUGUUGAAAAACUUUCUACUCAAAAAAGGGGUAGCAACUAGCAUUACGACUCUUUACAGUCCUAAAGGAAAUGGCCAGCCUGAGAAGUACAAUGGGAUUAUUUGGAAGACAGUGCUGCUAGCUCUUAGGACGAGAGGCUUAGAUGUAUCCCAAUGUGAAGUUGUUCUUCCUGAUGCACUCCACUCUAUUCGAUCAUUGUUGUGCACCUCUACAAAUUGUACACCAUAUAAACGAUUCUUCCGGCAUACAAGAAGGUCUACUUCAGGGCGAACUCUACCUACGUGGCUUGCUUGCAGAGGCCCUGUCCUCUUAAAAUGUCAAGUGCGGCAAAGCAAAAAUGAUCCUCUAGUUGAUGAGGUUGAGGUCGUAGACGUGAAUCCGGAAUAA